AUGGCUGACAACAAGAAUCAGAAUCAAGAUUGUGAAAUGAAUGGCGAAGAUUUUUCCCAGGACGUCAGCGCUUCAAAUAACGAGAAAGAAAAUGGAGGUACUGCCGGUACCACCAAUGGAAACACGGAAUCAAAUAAUACUACACGCGAUGACGACAGAAAAUUGUUUGUUGGUGGCUUGAGCUGGGAGACCUCAGAAAAGGAACUACGUGAACAUUUCAGCAAAUUUGGAGAAAUUGAAAGUAUUAAUGUUAAAACCGAUCCACAAACUGGUCGUUCACGUGGUUUUGCAUUCAUUGUCUUUGCAUCGACCGAUGCUAUUGACAAGGUCAAUGAGGCCGGUGAACAUGUUAUUAACAACAAAAAGGUUGAUCCUAAAAAGGCCAAAGCUCGUCAUGGUAAAAUCUUUGUUGGUGGCUUGACAACCGAAAUCAGUGAUGAUGAAAUUAAAACAUACUUCAGUCAGUUUGGCAAUAUUGUCGACGUUGAAAUGCCAUUCGACAAGCAAAAGUCUCAACGCAAAGGUUUCUGCUUUAUUACAUUCGAUUCAGAACAAGUUGUUACUGAAUUGUUGAAAACACCCAAACAAAAAAUUUCCGGCAAGGAAGUUGAUGUUAAGCGUGCCACACCCAAACCAGAAAAUCAAAUGAUCAUGAUGGGUGGUCGCGGCGGUCGUGGUGGCAUCCGUGGUGGACGAGGCGGUUAUGGACGUGGAGGUUAUACACAUCAAUGGUCCGGUGGUCCCGGUGCAUACCCCUCAUAUGGUAACUACGGCUACGAUGCCGGUUAUGGCGAUUACUACAGCGGUGCCGGCUAUUACAAUGGCUACGAUUAUGGCUACGACUAUGGCUAUGCUGGAGGUUAUGAUGGCUAUGGUGGUAGCGGCGGUUAUGGUGCAGGAGGUGGUGGUGGUCGAGGUACCGGUGGACCCAGAGGAGGUCCCAAAGGAGGUGCUGGCGGUGGUUAUCAAUCCGGCAAACAAAGAGGGACGGGACGUCAACCCAGACAUCAACCAUAUUAAUUUUACACUUCCUUACUCCAUAACUACAAAAAACACAAGCAAAGAUUAAAAAGUAAUUUUUAAUUAUAAACAAAACAGAAGAAAAAAACAAACAAAC